UUUUUUUUUUGAAACUGUUUAAAGCUGUAAAAAGUUUUGUCAAGUUUUGAGUUUUUGGGCUUUCCAAUCUGUCCAUGUGGAUGCCUUGGAAGGAGCACCGUUGGCAGCUUUGAGGAGAAUGGAGAGAAUAUUUUAUUCAUCAUUCGUAGCUGGUACUGAGACUCUUUUCAACACCCUCUAAUGCUCUAAACCACCUGCAUCAGUCCAGGCUAAGCUGUAAUGACAAGUGUGAAAACUGCUGUUGUUGCUGAUUACUCUUGUGUUUUCAUCAGUCAAGCUCCUGUUGCCUUUUUGCCCUCUGCUCUUCACUUUUACUCAUGUUCCUCAACUGAGAACUUUUUUGCAUGUUUUGGCCUUUUUUCAUGCUAAAGCAGUUUGCUAUUAUGAAUCUGUGCAAUUUUUGAUGUUAAACCAACAAAACUUUCCAAGAAACUUCCUGCCUUGAUCAGUGACUUUUUAAGAUACUUCUUUUUUCUUCUUUUCCUGCUAUUGAUUUUCUUUAUUUUUUUCAGACUUUUUUUGUUUGAGAUUUUUUCUAUUUUGCCUAUGCAUUGGCCUUUUAGAUGUGUCAGAUACAGCUGUAGAGAGAGAUUCUUUACUCUCCACCGCAUCCCCCCAUCCCUUAUUUCAUAUACUUGAUAUUUAUAUUUCACACCCACAAUAUCAACUAACAAGCCCUUCAACCACCAAAAGGAAUCAGAUUUUUCUGCUGUUACCAACAAAAUGUGGUCAACUAUUUUUGUGACGGAUGAGGAGGGCCGCACCGUGGUCCCAGGAACAGCUGGAACCAGUGGGAUUGUUGCACCAGGAGGACCUGCACAAGGUGCAGGGGGCCUGGCCACUUUGAUGGGUGGACGCAGCACCUUCGGUGGGAACAAGCGCCGAAGGACAACAUCGACUGGACGUGCCAUGAGCGAAGCCCAAGAGGGAAAGAUAAAGCUGGCGUUCUUUGUGGCCAUAGUGGGCGUUGUCCUGACGGUUCUCGGAGUUGGGACAGAGUUCUGGGUGGAGCUGGCACCCCCAAAGCAUUUUUACAACAAUCAGACUUGUCUGACAGCUCACUAUGGUUUAUGGAAAGGCUGCACCAAGACCCUGUGGGUGGCAGAUAUCGACCCAGAGCGGGAGAGCUGUGGACCUGCUGAGCUGCCUGGAGAAUCCAACUGCACCUACUUCAAAUUUUUCACCACGGGGGAAAAUACUGUCCUGUUUCAGAAAACAACAGAAAAGAACUUGAAUGUGGCUGCAGCAAUGUUGGCCCUGUUCAGCCUUUUUCUGAUGGUGAUGGGGGCCAUCUGCAUCACAAUGUCUCUCAGUAAAGAGAUCCUGUUCUUCCUAAAGCCAGCAUCUAUAUGCUUUAUUCUUUCAGGUGUUCUGGUGCUUCUGUCACUCAUAGUUUUCCACCAGUCUGUCCUUUCUUUCUUGGCAAGCGACCACACGGUUCCUCUCCACCAUGAGCUCUCCUGGUCUGUGUCAUGUAUAGGCUGUGCAGGUGCUGUUCUUAUCGUGGGUGGAAUCCUCUUCCUGCUGCUGGCGCUUCCCUGUAGCCCUUGGCAGAAGUGUCUCCCUCAUAAGGAGGGCAGCAGUUAAUGGCUUUGAGGUGAUCAUUUGUGCACUUUAUCAUCUCCUGCUGAAAAGAGGGAGGGGAUGGAGAGGUGAGGAUGUUUCCCUGACAUAUCUAAGCAAAAAGAUCACCCUAUCUGCUCAUUAUAAAGGAUAUUUGGUAGUUAUGGUAUGAUGUGUCAUUCCGAAAAAGUUAAAGUAAAAAAAAAAUGUAAAAUCUGUUGGGGGUCUUUUUGGCAUCAAGAAAAUACUUUUUAUUGCCACAUUGCGGGACAGGACACUGUAAAAAAAAAAAAAA